GGCAAUACCCAUCUCCCUUGGAAAAUCCCUAACCUUUUCCAUCUUCCAAAUUUCCCUCCAUCACUCUGUCUCUUCUUUUCUCUCUUUUCCAAUUUCGUCACCUGAAGCGCCACCAACCAAUUCAUCUUCUUCCUCAAUCAUCUACCAGAACAGAUAGGGUUUCUUUCCUUUCCCUGAAAUCACUGCAUUCUCUGUCGAAGGCUUUUUACUUUCAACCCAUAAUGGAAGUUCAAGAUCUUGACAAGCAUAUCAAACAACAGAAGAUGCUUCCACCUCCAGUUGGAAUCUUUCAGACGCGUGAAGACCUUCUCAAACAUGUCCGUGACUUUGCCUUGUCACAAGGAUAUAUGGUAUCCAUUAAAGAUUCUUCCAAGGAUAGGUAUGUGACCGUUGCCUGUGAUAAGGGUGGUGUUUACCGUAAAAGGCUUAAGUCUGGUGAGAAUAUGCGGCAAAGGAAAAUGCCCUCUCGGCUUACAAAUUGUCCAUUUGAAGUUGUGGGGAAAAAAGAUGAUGAGCUGUGGACACUCACCAUUAAGCAUGGAGAACACAAUCAUGGACCAGCGACAGAUAUCUCCGACCACCCCUCUUGCCGCCGUUUCACAGAAGAGGAGAUCUUAAUAAUAAGAGAAAUGAGCACAGCUGGUAAACGGCCACGCCAAAUUCUCAAGGUAUUGAGGCAGAGGAAUCCAAAUCUCAUAUUGGAUUCCAGGAAUGUUUACAAUGUCAAAGCCAAGAUCCGUCGAGAGAGUCUCUCAGCCAAGAACAUGGAUUCACCGUCGUCCUCGUCAGCAGCGACAAUGGGAGUGCCAUCAGAAGGUGCAGUGGGAAAUGUAAAUGGAAAUGAAGUGGGAACGACAGCGUCUUUUGCUGGGUACAUGGAGACGAGAGGAGUGAGGGAGGCGAGAGUGUUGGCAUCAGAGCUAUGCCGGCACAUGUACACACUUGGGUGGUUCUCUGGUACUGGAGGCAGCAUCACCAUAAAAGUUCAUGAUGAUUCCAUACCUAAACCUCGUCAGCUUGUUGUCAUUUCGCCUUCUGGUGUUCAGAAAGAGAGAAUGGUUCCAGAGGACAUGUACGUGCUUUCUUCAGAUGGGUUUAUCUUGUCAACACCUCCUCUUAAGCCUUACCAUAAACCACCCAAGUGUACCGAUUGUGCUCCUCUCUUCAUGAAGGUUUAUGAAAUGCGUGAUGCUGGGGCUGUUAUUCAUAGUCAUGGAAUGGAGUCUUGUAUUGUAACGAUGAUCCUCCCUUUCUCAAAGGAAUUUCGAAUAACUCAUAUGGAGAUGAUUAAGGGAAUUAAGGGUCAUGGUUAUCAUGAUGAGCUUGUGGUCCCAAUAAUUGAGAACACUGCCCAUGAAGCAGAGCUUGUUGAAUCUCUUACUGAAGCGAUCACAGCUUACCCAAAAACAACAGCUGUGCUUGUUCGCAACCAUGGGGUGUAUGUAUGGGGAGACUCAUGGAUCAGUGCUAAGACUCAGGCUGAAUGCUAUCACUAUCUUUUUGAUGCUGCUAUCAAGCUUCAUCAGUUGGGUUUAGACUGGUCAACGCCAACUCAUGGUCCCAUUCGCAGUAUAAAUGGAAUUUGGGGCUGCAAUGGAACUAUGAGUAGGGGUCUGAAAGUUGGGGGUCUGAGCUUGGAUGAUAUGAUUGAACCUUCUCAACGCUGUAUACUUCUUGACAUUGAAGGGACAACUACUCCUAUAUCAUUUGUUACUGAUGUUCUUUUUCCCUAUGCCCAUGCCAAUGUGGGAAAGCAUUUAGCUGCAACAUUUGAUAGUGAAGAAACUCAAGAGGAUAUAAAUUUGUUGCGCUCUCAAAUUCAGCAUGAUUUGGAACAAGGUGUUGUUGGUGCUGUGCCCAUCCCUCCAGAUUAUGUGGGCAAAGAGUUGGUGAUUGCUUCUUUUGUUGCUAAUGUUGAAGCAAUGAUUAGGGCUGACAGAAAUAUUACUGCCCUAAAACAAUUACAAGGUCAUAUAUGGAGGACUGGAUUUCAAAGUAAUGAGUUGGUGGGUGUUGUAUUUGAUGAUGUACCAGAAGCUCUUGAGAGGUGGCAUGCUUCAGGCAUCAAGGUUUACAUAUAUUCUAGUGGCAGCCGGGAGGCCCAACAGCUUAUUUUCUCCAAUUCUAAUUAUGGGGACUUGAGAAAAUACUUCUGUGGCUUUUUUGAUACAACAAUGGGAAACAAGAAAGAGACACACAGUUACUUCGAGAUUUUGCGGACAGUGGGAAUAGAUAGGCCAUCUGACAUGUUAUUUGUGACAGAUGUCUUCCAAGAAGCUGUUGCUGCAAGGGCUGCAGGUUUGGAAGUGGUAAUCUCCAUCCGGCCGGGAAAUGGACCUCUCCCAGAAAAUCAUGGGUUUAGAACUAUAGAAACCUUUUUGGAAAUCUAAUACAAAAUAUGUUGUGUAAUCUAAUGACCUGUUGUAUAGAAAACUCAGUAUGUGUAAUAUAAUAGGGUUUUUCUCCA